AUGGCAUCCGCACUCUUCUUCCUCGACCUGAAGGGCAAGACCCUGCUCGCCCGGAACUACAGAGGAGACAUACCUAUGUCAGCAGUCGAGAAGUUCCCUAUACUACUUUCAGAAGCCGAAGAAGAGUCGUCUGCUGUUCCGCCAUGCUUUUCUGACGAAGGCAUCAAUUAUCUCUAUAUACGACAUAACAACCUCUACCUCCUCGCUAUAACGAAACGGAACACGAAUGCCGCAGAAAUCCUCCUCUUCCUCCACAAAGUGGUCGAAGUCUUCACAGAAUACUUCAAAGAACUCGAAGAGGAGUCGAUACGCGACAACUUUGUUGUCAUCUACGAACUUCUCGAUGAGAUGAUGGAUUUUGGUUAUCCACAAACCACAGAAACCAAGAUCUUGCAAGAAUAUAUUACUCAGGAAUCACAUAAGCUGGAAGUCCAAGCCAGACCACCAAUAGCGGUUACAAACGCGGUGUCGUGGCGUAGCGAGGGUAUCAGAUACAGAAAGAAUGAAGUCUUCCUUGACGUGGUGGAAAGCUUGAAUUUGCUGGUCAGCAGUACUGGUAAUGUUCUGCGUUCUGAAAUCCUGGGCGCGGUCAAGAUGAAGUGUUACCUGUCGGGGAUGCCCGAACUCCGCCUCGGUCUCAACGAUAAAGUCAUGUUCGAGUCGACAGGUCGCGCAACUCGUGGUAAAGCUGUCGAAAUGGAGGAUGUCAAGUUUCACCAGUGUGUGCGUCUUUCACGCUUCGAGAAUGACCGCACGAUCAGCUUCAUCCCACCUGACGCAGUAAAACCACUCAUCUGGGUCGAAGCAGUGGUGGAAUCACAUUCCGGUACACGAAUAGAAUACAUGCUCAAAGCCCGGGCACAGUUUAAACGUCGCAGCACUGCAAACAACGUCGAGAUCAUCAUCCCCGUACCCGACGACGCAGACACCCCUCGUUUCCGCACGAACAUCGGCUCAGUACAUUACGCUCCAGAAAAAUCCGCCAUUGUCUGGAAAAUCAAACAAUUCGGUGGUGGCAAGGAAUUCCUCAUGCGUGCUGGGCUUGGUCUGCCGUCCGUCAAAGGCGACGACGAACGUGGCGGCGGCAUGACAGGUGGAUUUGGAGGAAGUAUGGGUGGGAUAGCUGGUGAAGGUAAGGCUAAGAGACCGAUUAACGUCAAGUUCGAGAUUCCGUACUUCACGACCAGUGGAAUUCAGGUGAGGUAUUUAAAAAUCAUUGAGCCCAAGUUGCAGUAUCCCAGUUUACCCUGGGUGAGAUAUAUUACGCAGAGUGGAGAUAUUGCGGUGAGGCUACCGGAUGUGCAGAGCUAA